AUGAUAGGCAGAACAUCACUUUCAAAUGCUCGGAUAGAUAACACAUCAGAUUCAGAAAUCAUUCGUUUGGAAGCAUUAACCAAAGAGAACGUUCAGCAUUCAUCACUACUCGAAGUGUUCAACGUACCCGAAUUUACAAGGAUUCUUGUUUGCGAUUUGAAACCACGUUUAGCACGUUUGCUGACGCCGUGUUUGCCGGCGUAUUUGUUACUGGCUGCGUUCCGAUACCACGAUCAUGCAAAGGAUGAAGCUGGCCUCACCGGUCUCUUCUCUGCGGUUCAUGUUGUACUCAAAGAUACGGUCUCGCGUUCAAACGAUAUGGAUGUGCUGGCGUUAUGGCUUGUGAAUUCAUGGCGUCUCUUCAAUCUGCUUCGACAAUAUAGUGGCGAAAAUAAUGAUGAGUGGUGCGUUGGUAACACACCAGAACAGAACAAUCAACGAAUGCAGAGUUUUGAUUUGGCACCUAUUCGGAAUCAGUUGCGUGCUCGAGUCGAGGAAUGUUUCCAGAAUCUAAUGAAACGAGCAAUCGAGCCUGUACUCGCUCCGAAAAUUGUGCCUGGGAUAUUACAACAUGAGACGUCACAUGAAAUUAUGGUUAAUAUGAAUAUGGAGGUUAAUCCAAAGAAAACCUCAUCAAAAGGUCAGCAAACGUCGCAGAGGGCAUUGGAUGAUCUUCUGGAAUUGUUGAAUUUCAUACACACGAAAUUAAAAGUUUAUGGGGCCGAUUCAGUGUUAUUGAGCCAAAUAUUUGGGCAAAUGACUUACUGGAUUUACGCGUUGGCUUUGAAUCAUUUGAUGUUCAGAAAGGAGUUGUGCAAUUUCGAGAAAGCUAUUCAAAUUAAACAUAAUGUAACUGAGAUUCAAUCCUGGCUUUCGAGCAAAGGUUUUGGAUCACAUCGAGAAAUAUUGGAGCCACUUGUUCAAGCAUCACAUUUGCUGCAGUCGAAAAAAGAUGAGUCAAAUCUGGACACUUUAUGCGGUGAAAUGACAUCGAAACUGAAACCGAAACAGGUGGUUGCGAUUCUUCAACAUUAUGCACCGUCGGAUGGAUUUGAAGAAAGGCGAUUAGAGCCGUCAUUUUUGAUUAAAGUAUCUCAAAGAUUAACGGAACGACUACGUGCUGAUGGUGGAACUGAAGAGGAUCAGAACACAUUGAUAGUAAUGGGAACGUAUCUGAAGCCGUUCGAUUCGGAGCCAUUUGUUCACUCUGAUUUCGCGUUGGAAACUCUGUCGCUACCAACUUGUUUACAUUUGCAGUCCGUUUGCAGGCUACUCUAG